AUGGUGGGGGAGCCCUUUGAGCACGAUGCUCCGGCCAUCCAGGAGCACGAGAACGAGCCGGCGGAGGUGGUCAUCGUGUGCGAGCCUGAAGGCACCUCGCUCAUGAUGGGUGGCCUGCACCCCAGGGCGUCAUUGUAUGAGCGGCCGGUGAACCUGGACGCUGCCAAGGCGGCGCACUCAGAGUUCCGCCGCGUCAUGCGCGAGCAUGGAGUCAAGGUGCGUGCAUGCAUGCGCGAGCAGGACCGGCACUACGUGACCAAGGAGUACAUGAAGGAGGUGCUGGAGCACAUGAGCAUUGCGCAGCUGAUAGACACCAUUCUUAUCAAUCCCACCGUCCACAUCUCGCCCUCCUACCGCGACACCGGCCUCUCCGCCACCUACACCUUCAAACCCCUCUCCAACCUCGUGUACACACGCGACCAGCAGGUAUUGCCCUACACUGGGUUGCCGGUAAUUGGGGAGAUAGAGGCGCCGGGGUUUCUGGAGGGCGGGGACUUCUUCAGCGCGGGGCGCGACCUGGCGAUGGUGGGCAUCGGUCUGCGCAGCAACUUUGAGGCCUGCCGCCAGCUCAUGGAGCGCGACCUGCUCGGCACGCGCCGCCUCGCCAUCGUGCGCGACGAAUUCGAGCAGCACCAGGCGCGUGGCUGCGCCACAAUGGCAUUUAGAUACCCCACGCGGCGGCUUGUUGACGAAUGGACGCGCACUGCCGAUGGCGGCUAUGAGCUGACGCGGCAGGGGGUCGAGUUCAGCGCUUACAUGCGCGGCGAGGGGUAUCACAUCAUCCCCAUCAAGGCUACCGACCAGCUUUUGUAUGGCUGCAAUGUGCUGAACCUGGGCAACAGCAAGGUGCUGAGCGUGCAUGCCGCUACGGCGCGCCAGAUCGUGCGCGACCCCCACUUCAAGGGCGAGGUGCAGGUUGUCAACUUCACCCCCAUCACCUCCAUGUACGGCGCCGUCCACUGCUCCUCCCAGGUGAGCCCAGCUGCCAAAUUUUCUCUCUUUUCAAUUUUUUGA